AGAUAUUCUUAGGAGUAGUAAUGCAACUCCAAAACGAAUGUCAGAUUGUAUCUUUUAUCGAAACCUUUGGUGGGAUAAGGGAGAAUUUAGCGAAGGAGCAAAGUGGGAAGAAGUAACGAAAGUCUCUUUUCCUACUUGUUUGACAUUGAUAUUUGUUUUAGCUAUAAAUUGUUAUUCAUAUAUAAGAUUACCUUAUGUGCUUGCUACAGGCAUCGCCAUUGAGGAAUAUGAAAAAUGUACAAAAGAGUUUAAAAUUCACGGAUGUUGGGAGUGGUCAGACGGAAAAAUCUUAAUCUAUGAGUUUCCUUCUAUGCCACACGAAGUUAAAAUCAGUGCAAUUGUUAAGCAAAUAAAUAAAAAAUGCGGUAAUGCUGAUAGAACUGGUGCCGAGAUUUAUGGUUUUGGUUCUACUAAAACACGUGAUAGAAACCAUGGAAAAGAAGUUGAUGCUUCGUUUCGUCCAAAAAAACCGGCUGUAACUGCACCAAAUGGGAGCAAUGGAGAUGUAAUUUCUGUUCUUUUUAUUGGUUAUGAACUUUUUAAAGCUA